AGCGGGCGGUCCCCGUCUGGGAGGGCAGCGGUGGGGCGGCUCUGGCCUGAGAGCCGGCGACCGCGCGGGGAUGGGCCUCCUCGCGGCCCCGCUUGGAGACCUGGGCUGGCCCAUCCCUCUGGGCCGCGGAGGCUUCCCCAUUCUGGCAGCCCCACGCGGGAUGCAGGGCGCGAGCGUGUGAACCGGUCCUCGGGGCCCUUCUAAUUCGGUCCUCACUCUUGGGAGCAGCUCUCGGAAGGGGCCAGGCAAUGGACUUGCUCCAUUUUGCAGACAGAAAAUCAAGGCUCAGAGUGGGGAGGAGAUUUGCCUAGGGACGCCCAGCGAGAUGGUGGCCGUGGAGCUCCCGUCUUAACUCCUCCAAUGCGGUGCCCCUUCUCCCCUGGGUUCCCUCUGCCGCCCCUGCCAAAGGAAGGGGCUGAGAUCGGCCUCCUUCUGCACCAUCCAGGUGAGAGCUAAGAAGUAUUGCGAAGCCGAGUCAUGGAUCCGCCUGCACGUAAAGAAAAGUCCAAAGUUAAAGAGCCCGUCAGCAGAGUUGAGAAGGCCAAGCAGAAAUCAGCCCAGCAGGAGCUGAAGCAAAGACAGAGAGCAGAGAUCUAUGCCCUCAACAGAGUCAUGACAGAGCUGGAACAGCAGCAGUUUGACGAGUUCUGUAAACAGAUGCAGCCUCCUGGAGAGUGAGCCGCCCCUGUGUUCACAUGAGGUGGGACCCUGGAGGCUUUGUUUGUGAGUGUGUUGCCAGUUUUGAGCUGAGACGGCCCACGUGGAGCCUUACACAACUCGACAAGGAGACGUGUGUAUUCCUCAAACUGGGUAAAUCUGAACUUCCUCUGGGUAACUUCUGCUUCACCGGUUUCUCCCAUCUGAAUUGGCCCAUUGCUUGCUGAAGAGACUUCUUCUAUUCUUCUAAGACGACAGAUUUUUUUUUUUAACCUUUUCUAUUGUUUGGGAAAAAAAAAUCAGUGUUUCUUGUGAAACUGUAAAUUUUCUCCAAAAAAUACAAAUAAAAUAUGAGUGAAAUGUU